AUGGCCCACACUGUGGAACCACUGGCCAAGAAGAUCUUUAAAGGAGUUUUAGUAGUUGAAUUUGUGGGUGUUUUGGGAGCAUAUUUUUUGUUUAAUAAGAUGGACACAAGCCAAGAUGUCAGGCAAACAAUGAGCAAGAGAUUUCCCUUCAUCUUGGAAGUGUAUUACAAAUCCGUUGAGCCUUCUGGAAUGUAUGGAGUCAGAGAAUAAGAUGAAUAAAAAUGGUUGAAAAGCAAA